CGACCCGACAGCAUCGAAUAUCCCCAACCCACCCUCGAGUCCUCAAAAGUUGAAGCCGACUACUGAGAGACCCAAACUCUCUAAAAAAAAUCCGUCAAAAUUCCGUUGAAAUGAAUUUCAAUAUUUCCCUUACUCGUAAUUUAUUCUUCCCCAGUUUAUAAUUGUGAUUGCACGUGAUUCAUUCGUGAAUGAUGAAUUUAAAUUCUGGGAUAAAUGUUUAUGUUCACUGAGAAUGGCAUACACCAUGCAGGAGUCGAGCACAGUGGCUGGGGGUGGUUGUAGCAGAAGUGCCACUGGCGUAAAUCGUAGCAGCAUCGUGGGAGGAAAUUGCGAUGGGGUGGAGCGACGAAUGGUAGACAUUACCAGAGAUAAGCCGAUCAAAGUUGCCGUGAGGGUGCAAGUACCUGUUCGAGAUCAUCCCAAGUUUAAUUUCGUUGGAAAAUUAUUGGGCCCGAAGGGAAAUUCAUUAAAACGCCUGCAGGAGGAGAGUGGGUGCAAAAUGGCUGUACUUGGUCGGGGUUCUAUGAAAGAUCGUCAAAAGGAGGAGGAGUUACGUGCCAGUGGUGACCCAAAGUUCUCUCAUCUCACGGAGGAUCUUCACGUAGAAAUAAGCGCCUAUGCAACACCAGCUGAGGCACACGCUCGCAUUGCCUAUGCCCUAGUCGAAGUGCGACGUUUCCUCGUUCCCGAUUACAAUGAUGACAUACGACAGGAGCAGAUGUGGGAAAUGCAGAUGAUGAACUGUACGGAAAAUAGCCAGGAUGAAUUAUCAAGUCCAGAGACUAAUUCAGAACCAACUAGUUCACCAAUUUCCAGUACCACUGGACAAGCUUCCGAACCCCAAGAGAUAUCCAAAACUUCGGGGAAUUCGCCCCAUUCCAUAACUUCGGGUCGAAAGAGGCCUUUGGUCCCUGGAAAUCGACCUGCCAUGUCCCCAACGAAAAGAACAGUCAUGUCACUCUUAGCGCGCGCAAGAGCAGCCCAGAAUAAAGAGCAUCUUCAGCCAGGCCAGAUUGUUGCUCACCCACAGUCACCAAGUGUCCAUCAAGCGACUUUAACAAUGAUCCCACAAGCCCCAAACCAGCCCACAACUCAUACUGUACCACAAGUACCCAGAAUUCAAUUAAUCGGUCAGACAGUGGCGCAACAUCAAACGUCACGGAGACAGACAAUUAUUCCACCUCAUUCGCAACAUCAGAUUCUGUCACCUGCAAUUGGGCUUAUCCAUGCGCAGAGGACCGCCGGUGGGCCAACGGUGCUUCCACUUCUACGAGAGGACCUCGUUGCUGGAGUGAAUCUGGUUUAAUUCACUGAGAACGUCGUCUUAAAUCGAAGAGAAUUUUUUUCUCGUUUGCUUUAUUUUUGAGGAAGCUCGGAAAAGAGCGGUGAAAUUUAUGUAAAGCAGUUUAUAAGGAAUUUUCCUUAUUCAUUUUGUGAUUAAUCAGGGUUGAAGGUAUUCUAUUGUGUUAUAAUUGUUCUUUACAACCCUCGGACCAACUUCUGCUCUCACUGGCUUCGUUAGGUAGACUAUUGUGCGCUGAUGUAGCAAUUAGAUAAAGAAAUUAAAAUGCAAUGUAUAGAUGAAUUUAAAUAAAUGAAAAUUAAUAUAAAUAAUUAAUGGAUAAAUGAAGUAUUCUUCAAUCUGUAUAAUGAAAUAAAUACCACAAAUUGAUGCGGA